AUGCCAGCAGUCGAGCUGCGUACAGCUGCUCCCAUCCCAGAGACAAAUAGUACAAAUCCCAACCCGCUGCCAUCCGUUCUGCAAAUACCAUCAGGACUGGCCAUUGUGGAGAUCCAAGGCAAAAUCCAUGGGCCCUUCCAGAAUCUAGCAACAGAUGAUUCGAACGAGUCAACGGCCGUCCACAAUAUAGGGCGACUUGAAUUUCCGCUGUACAACCCCCAAGAAGCAAACGAGGGCAAGUGGAUGAAGAAAGUCUACCUCUACGUCGGCAGGCAUCAGAGAUUGACUGGAGAAGUUAAGAAGUUGGCAAAACCGUUGGCAGUCCUUCGGAAAGCUGAUGAGAGCGAUCCAAGAAGUGAUGGCGACGGCAACGAGGCGUUGGAGAUCGUGGAUGUUGUCAAGUAUAAGCUGCUGUUCAGUGCGAGGCCGGAGCCUGUUGGAGAGUGA